AAUGUAUUUUGGUGUGCAGUAUUGGCAUUCAAAGAAGGAGGCACCAGGUGGUUAUUGUGAAGAAACGUCAAGCCACUUGCUUUAUAUCAUUGUACUGACGACAGCUCUUAUUGUGCUUUCUGCUGUUGUACCUGUUAUAACUUUUGUUAGCUCACACCUUAAAUUAUCUGACUUCACGGGACGUGGCCAGGUUUGCCUAUGCUUAGCAUAUCUUGUAGGAUGUGGGCUUACCGGGCUUGGAGUAUGGUUUUCACAAAGACCGUGUGAACAUGUAUCGGGCAUCAUCAGUGUUGGACUUGUAUUUGUUGCAGGAAUCUUGUAUGUAUCGGCUGAUGUAUACAUUUGCAAUAAAUCUUGUGCCAUAACAGACCAAAUCUAUAGGGAAAGAAGGCUCUUUUCUUAAAAUACGGGAUUUCCGAUCGUAACGGCGUAAUUUAGCACACAACGGAUACAAGCCCCUACGGCCUACCUGUUUAUUUGCAAGAGCUCCGAUGAUAUGAUUAGUAUUUGAUAAAUGAGAUAUAUACUAGUACCUUUAUAUCUUAACCUAUCUUAAUAAAGGUCACUUUUUCUUAUUAAAUGCUCUUUAGUUCUACAAGUUACGCUUAGUUACGCUAUAAGGUAUUAUACCAUGUGCUGUUGGAGUAUCUCAUACAAUUUCUCUUCCAAAUUUUAGAGUUCUCCAUCCCAUUCAUAGUUGAAGGUGUUAAGUUCAUUUACACACCAUCAAUCACUUAUAUCGCCUAUCUAUCUAUUAAAGUUAUCUGCUAUAUCAUCUCUUCAACUAGUUGAGCUUUACAUUUUUUCAGCUCAGAGCAUGAAUCCUUCCUCUCCUCCGUUCAUAAAGUGUGGCAUUUGUUAUCAAUUCAUUAAUUAUGAAUUUUACGUUUAGUUGGAUUUUCACCUUUCUCUCGGUCAGAUAUAUAAUGGGAUUUCAAUUUCCAUUUACCCCCUUCUCACACCAUUGAUCAGAAAUCUUUUAGGGCCGGCUUGACACAAUAAGAGAUCCGGUGCGAAUCACACAAAUGAGUCCUUUUAUUAAAUGAAAUGCAUAGAUAAUUCAAAAUUACUACAUCACCAAAGCCAACCACAUUAAAACUUUGAUUUUCAACAGAAACUUGCGGGUCUUUUUUGAUAAAUUUAUCAAGAGCUCCGGCUUGAGAUUUUAUGAAUGCUUCAACUUUUUCUUCUUUUUCUUUUUUUCUUCAGCUUUUCAUGACUAGAUUCAUACUUUUUCAUUCCUG